CAUCGCAUCUGCCCGACUAUGGCGGACGGACAGUGAAGUAUGGUAGAAGUCCUUUUUAAAUCGGAAAGUAUCGACUUUAGCCAAUGGCAUAAACCGGGUUUUCUGUAAAAAUUGUACAUUGUAAAUAGUCCUGUGUACAUAUAGUAAUUAUAUUUGUGGUCGUUUUGUUUAGAAAUUGUGUGAAUAGUGUAAUAUUUUGAGUGUUUAUUGAAUUCAGUUCUCGACGCCGACAAAUCCCUAGCCAGUGUGUUAAUACAUUGGCUUAUACCAUAAAACACAAAAAUAAGUGAUAUCACACCGCUUUUAUGCUGUUUACAAGCGUAUUUGUCAUUUGUCUUUGUUUCUAAGUCGUCGAAACAAGCCAUUGCAGUUUCAUGCAAUAUUUUGGUAUCCCUUAGCGGCUGUCAUCGUGCUUCGUUAAAACUAGUAGCUGUCAUUACAAAGACAAAAAGAUUAAAAUAGUCUCUAAAUGGCUUCAAUUUAGUAUUACGCUAGCCGCAUGUAGUAUGUUUGAUGAUGUAAAUCAUAAAAAAAUAAUAUAGAUCGAUUAAUAUUUACCGUAGCCGUGUUAUACAGAGAUUGUGAUUAUUUGUUUACGGUUGUGAGGUAUUGAAGCAUUGUGGAACUGAAUGCUUGAGCCUCACGAUAGCCCAAUGAAGUGGCCAGGCACAGGCGGUGAAGAAGAGGCUGGAGAAGGGGGAUUACAAACGGCGCGAGUGUCCCAGAACCGCGCUCAGGAUGAUGCUGGUGUACACUAUGUGUUUCAGCGUGAAAGCCAAGAAGCAGAAUUAUCUUCUUUAGCAUCGAAACAGCGGUGGGCCGUUGGUGAUGAUAAUAUUGCCGAGAAUCAGGAUAAAUGGAAACACCCUGCUCCAAUGGCAAUGAAUAAUAUGCAACAAGGUCAGAUGGUGCCCAUGAAGAACUCUCAGGGCACACCACAACAAUUUAUUAACCAGAAUAUUGCGUCGUCUGUUGGACCUUUAGCCAUUAAUCCUUCUGUUAUUGGAAGUCAUCCUCAUUUGACAACUAACAUGGUUCAUACUCAAAUUGCACCACUUCAAAACCAAGCAUUGGGAAGUAAUCUUACAAUACCAAACAGUGCUAUGAUGUUGCCAGCUCUACAAGGCAUGCAAAAUGCUCCUCAAUUAGGACAGCAAGGAUUGUAUGAUAUGCACCAACAUCAUGGAAAUCCAAUGCAAGCCAUGAAUGGUAUUGGGAAGAGUGCUGAACAUAUGAUGUAUUUAAGCCAGGCAGGAAUGCUCGCACCUGGAACAAACCAAUUUCUUCAACAAGGACAGAACCAAUUAGGAUUAGCACCAAUACCUGCGGUCAGAAAUCAGAUUGCACCUGCUGCAAAAAAGCUAUGGGAUAAGGGCCCAGGUGCUGGAGGUGACAGCAAAGGUCCACCACAGUUACCACCUUUGCAGCUCAACCCUGAACAAAUGUGGCGUGAUUCUACUUGGUCCGCACAAGUGGAACAUAAUGUCGGUGUACCAAUGAUGGGCACACGCCGAGGCGUGACAUUCCCUGGCGGAGACGCAGGCAGUAUCCUCUCGCCCAGAGAUACAGCGGGUCUUGGCGUCAAGAUGGUAGAAUAUGUUCUUGGCGGAUCGCCUACAGAAGCUGGUGGAGUGGCUUCUGGCGGUGGAAAUGAAAAGGUUACUGGUGUAGUGGCUGGCCUAAGAGGGAUGGUUCUAGAAGAACGAAAUGAAGAAAAAUCUGGCUCACCCUUCGAAAAGGAUCUCCAUGAAUUGCACGAUCACGGACCCUUACCAAAUGGCCUUCAUAAUGGCCAAGAAGAUGAUAAAGCGUUCAAUCGCACGCCGGGGUCGCGGCAGCCGUCACCGGCGGAGGAGGAGGGCGGCGUGGGUGUGGGCGUGGGCCAGGCCGGCGUGCCGCACGUGGGCGUGCGCAACGGCGACGCGGGCGCGUUCCCGCUGCUGCCGCCGCACGCGCUGCCCGCGCACCAGCCGCAGCCGCUGCACCACCUGCCGCACCUGCAGCACCCGCAGCACCCGCAGCACCACCCGGGAAUGUUGGGGGUAGCUCCACUUCAAGGACUGCCACAUCCACAACACCCUCAAAUACAUCCUGGCAUGACAUUGAACGAUUCCAUGAAUCAACACAUUGAACUUGUUCUUCAAAUGGAGCAACAUCCUCAAUUCGACAACAACAGCUUUGCCAAUACGCAGCAGUACGCGGGCGGCGUGGGCGGCGUGGGCGGAGUGGGCGGAGUGGGCGGCGUGGGCGCGGUGGGCGGCGGCAGCGGCGGCGCCGCGCUCGUCAACGGCGCCGCCGUCGGCCCGCCCGCGCCCGACUCGGCGCAGCACCACCAGCCCUUCGACGUGCAGGUGCGUGCGCACCCGCUUGUCAUUGCCCUUCCCUUUUACGACUAGACUCGCCGUCGUCUC